CCCUCAGAUGGAUCUGCCAACCGCUAUUAAACUGCACGAAGAAGCGAGAGCGGAGCGGCAGCGAACAUGGCGGAUAACAGGGAGAAAGGUUUACAAGACUACAGAAAGAAAUUACUCGAGCACAAAGAGAUUGAUGGGCGCCUCAAAGAGUUGAGAGAACAGCUGAAGGAGCUCACCAAACAGUAUGAGAAGUCUGAGAAUGAUCUGAAGGCUUUACAGAGUGUGGGACAGAUUGUUGGUGAGGUGCUGAAACAACUGACAGAAGAGAAGUUUAUUGUCAAAGCAACCAAUGGCCCACGAUAUGUUGUUGGAUGUCGUAGACAGCUGGAUAAAACCCAGCUUAAACCAGGCACCAGAGUGGCUCUGGACAUGACAACUCUGACUAUCAUGAGAUAUUUGCCUCGUGAAGUGGACCCUCUCGUGUACAACAUGUCCCAUGAAGAUCCUGGCAGUGUUUCUUACUCUGAGAUCGGUGGAUUGUCAGAGCAGAUCCGUGAACUGAGAGAGGUAAUUGAGCUGCCCCUGACCAAUCCUGAACUUUUCCAGAGGGUGGGCAUAAUCCCUCCUAAAGGCUGCCUCCUCUACGGACCCCCUGGCACUGGAAAGACCCUUCUUGCCAGAGCAGUGGCAAGUCAGCUGGACUGCAAUUACCUUAAGGUUGUGUCCAGUUCCAUUGUUGAUAAGUACAUUGGUGAAAGUGCCAGACUCAUCCGAGAGAUGUUCAACUAUGCCAGAGACCACCAGCCCUGCAUUAUCUUCAUGGAUGAGAUUGAUGCCAUUGGUGGACGUCGGUUUUCUGAAGGAACAUCUGCAGAUAGAGAGAUCCAGAGGACACUGAUGGAGCUGCUGAAUCAGAUGGAUGGAUUCGACACUCUGCAUCGUGUCAAGAUGAUCAUGGCCACCAACCGGCCAGACACCUUGGACCCUGCACUCCUGCGUCCCGGCCGACUGGACAGAAAGAUCCACAUUGAGUUGCCCAAUGAACAGGCUCGACUGGACAUUCUGAAGAUCCACUCUGGGCCCAUCACCAAACAUGGUGAUAUAGAUUAUGAAGCCAUCGUCAAGCUCUCUGACGGUUUCAAUGGAGCUGAUUUGAGGAAUGUGUGCACUGAGGCUGGUAUGUUUGCCAUCCGGACCGAUCAUGAGUAUGUGACUCAGGAGGAUUUCAUGAAGGCUGUGAGGAAGGUGGCAGAUUCUAAAAAGUUGGAGUCCAAGCUGGAUUACAAGCCUAUAUAAAACCACAUUUUUGUGCAAAAUUUAAAUGUGAGGUUGUUUCACUAAAUGGUAUUUUGCCAAUGGAGACCAUAACUUUUUUUUAAGUUGCUGAAAUAGUUGUCAACAUUAGAAAGUAUUAUUGUUAUAUUUCUAAUGUUAUAUUACCAUCAAGUGACUUGUUUGACAUAUUCAUGCAUUGUGUAGCCCCAGUUUGAUUAAACCUUUACCUGUUGGCCUCUUAAA